GUACACACAAGGACACCGUCAGAGGGCAUACUGGUUUUGUGCGAUCGUGAAUAGAUAUCCUAUGGAGAAAGCUAGUGAUUUUCAGCGCGCAUUAAAAUGACAAAAGUCACUCCACGAGAUGUUUCAUUUCUCGUUAUGAAAUGGAGACACUUCCUGUUAGGCAGGGAAAACGUAAAUGCCCUAAGAUUCAAAAUGGAUCAACAGACGCGCGACCCAGAGCCUCCAGCACUUCCUUCUGGACCUUCCCAUCGACUCGCUAAUAAUUAUUAUUACUCGCGGGAUGCCCGUAGAAAAGUCGAACCCCCCGUCGAAAUCAAACCUGGGCUGAAAAGCCUGAAGAAAUUUCCGCUUGAGGGAGUACCCCGUCUGCCGUAGAGAUUUUACAAUAUAAGCCAUGCUAGAUUUUGAUCAAUUGUAGCACAAAGAUGAUGUUAAAACUGUAAUAAAGACUCAUUUCCGUUGUUUAUUUUUGCCGCGUUAAAGGUCA